UCUGACUCACAGCAACCAUAUUUGACACAGUAGAACUGCCCCAUAGGGUUUCCUAGGCUGAAAUCUUUAUGGGAGCAGACAGUCAGGUCUUUUCUUCCACAGAACGACUGGUAGAUCUGAAGUGCCAACAUUUUGUUUAGCAACCGAGUGCUUAUCCGUUGUACCACCAGGGAUUCACACACACACAUAUAUGAGUUCUCUAACAUUUCUUGCUGGCUGAGAAGGAAUUUAUAAUGUGAUGAGCUCCCUAUGCCUGGAUGUCCUCCAGCAAAUGCCCAGUGACCACUUGACACAAGAUGUUGUAGAUGGGAUUCCAGCAUCAAGAGAAGAAGCUGGAUUAGACAGUUUCAAUGGUUCUAAUCUUUUUGUAAAAUAGAAAAAGCAUAUUUUUUCUCUUCCUGUAUGCCAGGAAGGAAAACAGUUUAUUUAUUAAAAUGUUUUGGUCUUAUUUGAAAACACAAAAUAUGAAAUGCUUAUCACUCUGCUAUUAAGAAUGUUGUCUUUACAGGAUAAUGCCAAUAUCUGUGUCCAUCAUCAGCACUGAAAUGAAAGAAAACAGGGCUAAUGAGACUGAUUUAAUUCUAAUAGGACUUACCCAGAAUCCUCAGAUGCAGAGAGUUCUAGUUGUUGUUUUGUUUAUCACCUACAUUGUCACCGUCUCAGGAAACCUGCUUAUUGUGGUCACCAUAAUCUGCAGUCAGACAUUGAAGUCCCCAAUGUAUUUCUUCCUGGCCUUCUUAUCUUUGAUAGAUGCCUGCUACUCCUCUUCCAUAAUCCCUAAAAUGCUAGCUGACUUGCUCUCUGAGAUAAAAACCAUCUCCUUCAAUGGCUGCAUGACACAGAUCUUUAUUGAACAUUUCUUAGGUGGUUCUGAGAUUGCCCUCCUUGUGGUCAUGGCCUAUGACUGUUAUGUGGCCAUUUGUAGACCUCUGCACUAUGUGACCAUCAUGAACCACCAUGUAUGCUGCCUUUUGGUGGGUGUGUCUUGGACAGUGGGUUUUUUCCACUCUAUUGUACAGAUUCUUGUCACUUUCUGGCUCCCAUUCUGUGGCCCCAACAUUAUGGAUCACUUCAUGUGUGAUGUCUUUCCCCUGAUACAACUUGCCUGCACAGACACUUUCCUUGUUGGUCUCCUGAUUGCUGCCAAUGGUGGGGUAAUGUCUGUGAUUACCUUUGUAAUGUUGUUGGUAUCUUAUGUCUUCAUCCUGCAUUCGUUGAGGAUUCACAGCUCUGCAGGAAGGAAAAAGGCCUUCUCUACCUGUACCUCCCACAUCGCUGUUGUUGUCUUAUUCUUUGUGCCCUGUAUUUUUAUGUAUAUGAGACCAGUAGCCACCUUCUCCAUGGAUAAAGCCAUAACUGUAUUCUAUACCCUUGUCACUCCCAUGUUAAAUCCCAUUAUCUACACGUUAAGGAAUGCAGAAGUAAAAAAUGCCAUCAAAAUGUUACUGAAAAGAAAUGUAAUUUCAGAUAAUGAAUAACCCACUAUGAAGAUUUUAUUUCUAUCAUAAUCUUUAUAUUUUUAUGUUACAUAUAUAUGUUUGUGGGUUUGUGUGUGUGUGUGUAUAUAUAUGUACAUAUAUGCACAUAUAUAUAUGUAUAUAUAUAGCUCUUUCCCACCUAUAUCACUUAACUCCCAUAGAACCUUUGCCCAAGAAUGGCAUGGAGGUGGUA